AUGUUCUUGAAGUCUGUUGAUACAUCUGGCCUUAGAAAAGAUGCUGAAACAUUGUUUAAUAUCUUUGAUGAGGUUGUUCAAGAAAUUGGAGUUGAGAAUCUUGUGCAGUUUAUAACGGACAAUGAUGCAAGUUAUAAAGCUGCAGGAAAAAAGUUACAGCAGAAGUAUGGCUCUUUCUACUGGUCCCCUUGUGCAGCUCAUUGCAUAGACUUGAUAUUAGAGAAUUUUUGUGAUCUAAGAUAUUUUCCCCUUAUUGAUGAUACUAUAAAAAAGGCAAAAAAGAUAACAAAGUUCAUCUAUAACCAUGGUUGGGUUUUGGCACUGAUGAGACAAGAGUUCACCAAAGGUCAUGAUUUGUGUCGUCCUGCAGUUACAAGGUUUGCGACAAAUUUUUUAAGUAUCCAAUGCUUGCUCUUGUUUAAGAAAGAACUGAGACAAAUGUUUACUUGUGAUAAAUGGAUUGCAUCAAGUCAUUCUAAAAGCAUCAUAGGGAAAGAGACAGCUGGGAUUGUUUUAGAAGAUAAGGAGUUUUGGGCUCAACGUCAAUUUAUUGUUAAAAUUAGUGAGCCUUUGGUUCGUGUUCUACGACUUGUUGACGGGGAUGAGAAGCCUGCAAUGGGAUACUUGUAUGAUGCAAUGGAAAGAGCCAAAGAGAACAUAAAAGCAAGAUGUAAUAACAAAGUUAGUAUAUUCAGUCCAUUCACCAGGAUCAUUGAUUCUAGAUGGGAUAAGCAGCUUCACAGUCCAUUACAUGCGGCAGGUUGUCUUCUUAACCCUGGAAUUUUCUAUAGCCCCAGCUUUAAAAAAAAAAUGAUGUUGUAA